GAACCCCCUCUUCAAUCACCGAUUGUUCAUCAUCAUCGUCUUCGUCUUCUUCGUCCUUGCUUCCUUCCUUCCGUCGUACUCUUUCGCCAUUUCUAGGGCUCCGAAAUUCCAAUCCUAAUCCAAAUCCCUAAAAUGUCCUCGUAAUCGUUUCCCUCACCUCUUCCCUCACAGAGAAUCACACGGUGAAAACACACACAUAUUGCAUCCAGAGCCAGUCUACCUUCCCAAAAUAGAAAGAAAUGGCGCAAGAAAAUGACGUAAUUGGCCUCCACUUCCUAGAACUAUGGCGUUCCAACUCGAAAGCAGCAGCCGCCGCCGCGACAGCUACUACGUCGACUUCCUCCUCGUCAAAGGAGGACGCGGAAUUCGAGGAGGAGCCGACGGAGCUGGACACGUUUAACAGCUCGGGAAUGUUUUCAGUGGUUUUGUCGGAUAAGCUAUCAGUUCAGUAUCCUACUGUGAAUUUGCACGGUCACGAUGUCGGCGUUGUUCAGGCGAACAAGCCGGCGCCGUUGAAACGGCUGGUUUAUUACUUCGAGAUCUUUGUUAAGAAUGCCGGUGCUAAAGGCCAGAUUGCUAUUGGUUUCACCGCCUCGGGCUUUAAAAUGCGCCGCCAACCAGGUUGGGAAGCAAACAGCUUUGGAUAUCAUGGCGAUGAUGGUUUGCUUUACCGUGGACAUGGCAAAGGAGAAACAUUUGGCCCAACUUAUACAACUGGUGAUUCUGUUGGUGGUGGCAUUAACUACUCUGCACAGGAAUUUUUCUUCACGAAAAAUGGGAAAGUAGUGGGAACUGUGGCCAAGGAUGUCAAAGGUCCUUUAUUUCCUACAGUUGCUGUUCAUAGCCAAAAUGAGGAGGUAACGGUCAACUUUGGAAAGGACCCAUUUGUUUUUGAUCUAAAGGCGUUUGAAGCAGAGGAAAGAAGAAAGCAACAGAUGACAAUUGAUAAGAUAUCUAUAUCACAGAAUGCCAGUUAUGAAAUUAUCCGUUCCUACUUACAAUAUUAUGGAUAUGAAGAAACGCUCAAACAGUUUGACAUGGCUAGUAGAAGUACUGUUCCUCCCAUCGCAUUAGGUCAGGAGAAUGGAUCCAGUGAUACUGAGAUCACUUAUGCAAUGAAUCACAGAAAGACUCUUCGUCAGCUAAUUAGGAGUGGUGAGAUUGAUGAUGCAUUUGACAAGCUUCGCAUGUGGUAUCCUCAGAUUGUUCAGGACAAUAAAUCAGCUAUGUGCUUUCUGCUUCACUGUCAAAAAUUCAUUGAGCUUGUUCGGAUCGGCAAGUUGGAAGAGGCGGUGGUAUUUGGCAGAACCGAGUUCGAAAAGUUUUACAGGUUGACCGAGGUUCACGAUCUGGUUAAGGAUUGUGCGGCAUUGCUAGCAUAUGAACAGCCACUGAAGUCCUCAGUUGGAUAUCUUCUUGAAGAUUCUCAGCGAGAAAUUGUAGCUGAUGCUGUUAAUUCCAUGAUCUUAUCAACAAAUCCUAAUAUCACGGAUGCAAGAGUUUGCUUGCAUUCUUGUCUUGAGAGAUUACUCAGGCAGCUAACUGCAUGCUUCUUAGAGAAGCGGUCGUUGAAUGGUGAUCAGGGUGAAGCAUUUUAUCUGGGCCGACUACUUUGACAUAUAUUUACUGCCAAUACAACUAGAUUGCUACCUCUGUCCAUGUGUACAUAUCGAGCUUCACCUAUUCAGCACAGGCGGUAAAAUUGCUUUUAGGGUCCGAGAUGCGUCUUGAGUGGGGGCCUUGUGUAAGUCCUAAAUUGUCAGUAAUAUUAGUCUUCUAAACGAGGGUUCCUCUGCUGUAAAGUUUGUACCCUGAUAACAUAAGCGAUGAACGAAAGUGCUUCGUUGACCAAUUGAUGUUACAGCAGUAACCUAGAUAGCGGUUAAUGCUAAUGUUUUUACAGUUAUAAUACACCUGCUGUACAGGAUAAGCAUCUCUUACUUUCUUUGCUUCUGCCAAUUGAUGUCAACUGUCCAUUGCUUAA